AUGGUCCAAUUCUCCAAUUCUCCAAUUCUCCAAAAUUCUACAACCUUUCUUCUUUUACUGAAAACUCCACCAAAAAAGCUAAAAAAUAGUGGGGAAAUCGAAGACCGGAUCAUUAAAGCCCUUGAAUUCUCUAUACUCAAUCGAAACCUAAUAUCGCGGAAAUUGCGCGAGAAUUCGUGGACCCUUGCGACUGACUUCUUCGGCGCUAGCAUGAAAUUAGCUCUUUUUGAAAAAAUCAACUAUGUUGAUAAGGUGGAAGUAUUAAUCAGUCGACAAAUUGAAAUCACAGCCAAUUCGAUACUUGAAGAGGCCCAUUCAGACACACAAAACCACCAUAAAUCGGCAAACACUGGCUAUAACGGUUCCUUGAACAUCUCCCCAAAUACUAACGUCGAUGUUGACGAGCAAUUGAUAUUGAAAGAAGUCUUGCUCUCAAUAAAUCUUUGA